AUGGCUCGCAAGGUGCUUAUAGGUUUUGGAGUGGAUGUCGAUGCAGUAGCAGGGUGGCUGGGCUCGUACGGAGGAGAAGACUCUGUCUCGGACAUUUCUAGGGGUAUCUACGCUGGCGAAGUGGGUUCGAUGCGUCUCUUGAAGCUGUUCGAACGCUAUAAUAUCAAGACGACUUGGUUUAUACCCGGGCAUAGCCUGGAGACCUUCCCUGAGCAAAUGGCUGCUGUACGUGACGCUGGGCAUGAAAUAGGACUACACGGUUACUCCCACGAGAAUCCAGUCUCUAUGACGCUCGAACAACAGAAAGACAUUCUCGACCACACGUUCACAUUGCUCACCAAAUUCAAUAAUGGAGUACCUCCUAAGGGAAGCGUAGCGCCUUGGUGGGAGACGAGUAAAGAAGGCACGGAACUCCUGUUGGACAAAGGAAUAGAGUAUGAUCAUUCCGAUAUGUGUCACGACUCCCAGGCAUACUAUCUACAUGAUCAGCAUACCUGGCACAAGAUUGACUAUAGCGCGAAGGCGGAGAGCUGGAUGAAACCUCUUCGAAAGGGUAGCCAGACCGGUCUCGUGGAGAUCCCGGCUAACUGGUAUCUGGACGACCUGCCGCCUAUGAUGUUCAUUAAGGCGAGCCAGAACUCGCACGGAUGGGUAAACACUAGAGACGUCGAACAGCUCUGGAAGGAUACCUUUACUUACCUUUACCGGGAGGAAGAAAACUUUAUCUUCCCGAUAACCAUCCAUCCGGAUGUUUCUGGUCGACCUCAUGUUCUGCUGAUGUUGGAGAGAUUCAUUGACUGGGUGAAUACGCAUGAGCACAUUCAGUGGGUACCCAUGAUAGAGAUGGCGCGAGAGUUCCGCGGUCGGCUGCAUUUCCUUAUCUAUGAACAAAUGCGGAUGAUCGUCUCGUCGUUCCCUCCGCUACUCUGCUUCCAGAACUCUUGUCACCUGGAGAUACUCGCGCGUUCCGCGGUCAUCGGACCUGGAAUGCGGGCACCCGCGAGCUAUAAGAACCAACCGUUUGCAAGCGGGAGCCACAUAUAUGCCAUGGGACAGCUAGCUUCGACCAUAGCAGCUGCGAUCAUGUCUGACCCUCUACGUCAUCUAGAUACGGAGCUGGCGCAGUCAAAAGAGACAGUCGUGGCGCAGACGCGAUACGGGCCUGUGAAGGGCAGGCGUGCAGCUAACGGUGCUGCGUGCUUCCUCGAGGUUCCGUACGCGCUUCCCGCGGAGCGCUGGAAAGAUCCCCGUCCGUUGCCAAAGGAUUAUCGAUAUGAAGAGAAGGAGUACAUACGCGAGAGUAGAUAUGGAUAUCAGCCAAGUAGGAACGGACAAGCGGCCGGGUCCGCCCCCAAGGAUGGGCUAGGAUAUGGCGAACCUUCUGAGGACCCCCUCUUCGUCAAUAUUGUUGCGCCGCCUUCAUUCGCGGUGUCAGGAGAGGCACUAACCAAGUACCCCGUCAAAGUUUACAUUCACGGAGGUUUCCUCCAGUUCGGCUCACCGCACGGCCUGAGCUCUCAAGCGCAAUACGUAGCGGCAGAGCGUAAUGAGCUCUGGAUCAACAUUGGAUACCGCCUUUCUGCCUUCGGUUUCCUCGCAAGCGCCGUACCGGAUGUUCCUGGAAACUUUGGUUUCAAGGAUCAGUGGACUGCGCUCGAAUGGGUUCGCGCAAACGCAGCAUCCUUUGGGGGGGACCCGGAUGAUAUUGAGCUGAACGGUUUAUCUGCGGGUGCCCAUUCAGUACAUCAGCUUCUGCACCACGCUUCGCGUUUGCCAGCGGGAGUGCGCUCACCGUUCACCUCUGCAGCGCUCCAGUCCAAUGCGAUCGCGACAGAUCCGAAGACCCCGGGCGAGCUACAAGCCCAGUUCAAUGCCCUCUGUGACGCACUGGAGCUGGAUCCCAAUGUACAGGAUGUGCUCGACACGCUGCGAAGCACAUCUUGGAAGCGCAUCACGGAUCUCAUCGACGCCGAAGCUGUUGGUCCGCACGGCACACACGGCACCUUCCGAGGCGCUUCCGACGGGUCCUGGAUGUCUGUUGAUCCUGGGGCAAUGGAGUGGCAACGCAGCGGCGGACUUGCGCGAGGACUCAAAGCAGCAGGCGUACGGGCUGUACUCAUGGGAGACCUUACGGAGGAAUGGUACCUGUACGCUUUGGCCCAUGAGGUGAACAGUACUCACGAGAUACGGGCCAACCUCGCACGCUACUAUCCCGCAGGUGUCGUGGACACGAUGAUGGAGUUGUACAAAGACAGAAUGCGGGAUGAUCUCAGCAAGGACGAGCUGUUCCGCUUAUUGGGGGAUAUGCUUUCUGAGGGUCAAGUGCACUUACCUGUGCGCUUGUUACAUCGCGAUCUGCUGGCCGCGGGCUUUCCUGUUGCCCGGUAUCAAAUACGCUGGACUCCGGAGCAAGGGCGUCCACUGGGCUAUGUCACGCAUGCAACAGAUCGUUCGUUGUGGGCGUUCCGCAAGCCUGCGCUCAAAGAAGACCAGAUACCAGUGGCGCGCGAAUGGUUGAACACGAUCUCCACCGAGUUCGCAAGACUACAAACCGGAGGGGCACCACGCGGGGAGCGGGAAAUAUUGACACUCAAGGAAGACCGCACUAUCGGCUGGACGGAGGAUGCACGGUGGGACGAGUACAUCUCAUGA